AUGGUGCAUAAAGGGAGUGGUAUGAAGGAGCUGAUCCGCCGGCUGCAAGAGGACAAAGCCGCCGCCCACCUUGCCGCCCGGCAGCGAGAGAGGAUUCUGGAGGAGAAGGCGGUUUAUGAUGAGGAGAGAGUGGAGGUGCUGAGGCAGAUCAUGCAGCGGCAGCAGGAGGAGGUAGAGUGGUUGGAAGGGGAGUUAGAGCGGUGCAGAAGGCAAUUGGGGGUGUUGUGGGAGGCUAGGAUGGCUGUGAUGGGGGAGGAGGAAGGGGGAGAGGGAGGGGGGGUGGGAUGGGGAGAGGGUGGAGGGAUGGGAGGGUUUGAGGGGAUGGGAGUGGGGGGAGGAGUGGGUGGGGUUGAUGUGGACUGGGCGCAGUUGUUGGGGGAAGAGGGGGUGGCGGAUGAUAUGUUGGGGGGAGGAGCGAUGGGGCGAGGGGAGUUGGGGGAAGGGGGUAUGGGGGGAGGGGAGAUGGGGGGAGGGGAGAUGGGAGAGGGACAGACGGGAGUGGGACGAUGGGAUGGGGACGGGGAGGGGCAGAGAGAUGGAGGGGGAGACGAGGAUAGGGAGACGGAGGAGGAGGGUGUGGGGGAGAAGGAGAGAGGAGGGCAGGAGGAGGGAGGAGAGGGGGGUGAGAAGGUGGAAUAUGGUGGGGAGGACGAGAGGCUUCAAGAGGCCAGCAGGGAGGAUGGCUCUUCGCAAGCCGAAGGUGUGCGUGAAGACGAAAAUAUCAGAGAACCUUUGACAGUGUUAGAUAAUGAGAAGGACGUGAGUGUUCUGGAUGUGGGGAGCUUGGACAUGAGGGUUCCAGGGAGUAUUGAGGGGGCUGAGUAUUCCAAGCUGGACGACAAGAGGGGUGAGGAGGAUGCGAGGAGUGGGACAUGUGAGUUGGUGGAAGAAGAGGCGUUGGAGUGUUGUGGGGAUGGGCCAGCUUGUGUUGAGAAUGGGGAUGAGGCGUGCAGUGAGGGUGGGGGAGAGUCACGCGUUGCUGCAGAGCCGGGAAAUGAAGGUACGGAGAAGGAAGGAGAGGAAGAGGAGAAGGGAAGGGAGGAGGAAGAGAGGUUGGUUGAGUCGGACGAGGAGGAGAGGAAUGAGGGGACGGAUGAGGAAGGUGAGGGGAGUAAGGAGAGGAGGGAUGAUGGGGCAGGCGAGAGGGAGGAGGGGCACAUGGUUGUGAAUGGAGGGGAGAUGGAGGAGGGGGAGGGGGAGGAGAUGGGGGAGGAGAAAGGGGAGACGGGGGAGGACGAAAUAGAGGAGGCAAAUGAGGAGAGGGAGGGGAGGAUGGAGGGGCGGAGAGGGGAAGAGAAGGAAACAGAGGAAGAUUUUGAUGGUGAGGAGAAGAAGGGGGGUGAUGUGGAGGGGCAGGCAGAGGGGGAGAAAAGCGAGGAGGGCGGGGAGAAGGGAGAGAGGGAGUGGGAGGAGAAAGGAGAGGAGAAGGGGGAGGAGAAGAAGGAUGAGGAAGAGAAGGAGGAGGGUGAGGAGGAUGCAGGGCUUCUGGAUGAGAAGGUGAAUGGGAAUGCGGGAGGGGAUGCAGAAGCGGGAGGGUUGCGUGAGAAUCAAGCCACGCAUGGGCAUGAAGAGCGGAAGGAGUUGGGGGAAGAGAGUGUGCAGAAUAUGGGGUCGAGCGGAGGUGACUCGGGAGACCUGGACGAGGUGUGGCGCGAGUUUGAAGCGCAGAUAGACCCCUCUGCUGCAUCAGAGCACGGAAACGCAGAAGCAGCAGCAGCAGCUGAAGGGGAGGCCUCUUUUCUCGGUGUGCCGUCGCCGCUGCCGCCUCUCUCAGUGUUUGUGACCCCAACCAAGGAGCUGCAGCGGCUGAAGAGCUCGUCUAGAGCCAGCUCUGCUAGCGCGGGGGGCUCGCCCUUAGGCUCUCCCCAUGCAGCUGUGGGUGCCAGUGGCAGUGGGAGCGGUGGGAGUGCGUUUCGCUUGCCCAGGCAGCUGACUCCGAAUGAUCAGAUGAAGCGAGCUCGACAGGAAGAGACGAGGAAGCUUCUGGACUGCCUGACUGUGCUGGAUGUGGAGAGUGAGAUGCGGCUGAGGGAGCUGGAAGGGGGGGUGCUGCCCAAGUGA